AUGCAGUUCGCCCUGCCUCCGCGGAGGACUCCGAUAACCCCUCCGUACGCUCGCUCGUCGCGAAUCUCACUCCAGCGCAGGAAACAGCUCAAAGCAGUAGCCAUCCUGGGCUUUUCGCUGCUCACCGUCUUCUUCCUUCUCUCCCAGUUCUUCUACACAAGCACAGGGGCCCCCGCCGUACCAGCAGGAACAUCCAGCAUCGUCGUCGUCACUGUUCUAGACCGGACGGCUUGGAGUAACGAGUACAUCCAGAAGAUCGUCAAGAACAGAGAGGACUAUGCUAAGCGACAUGGCUAUACGAACUUCUUCGCCAACGUGUCCGACUAUGAAACCGUCCUCGAUAACGCCCCGAAGUCCUGGGCCGUCCUCCCAGCCCUCCGUCACGCGAUGGCCUCAAACCCCUACUCGAAGUACUUCUUCCACCUAGACGCUCAUGCCCUCAUAAUGAACCCGAGCAAAUCACUUGAAUCGCACGUCCUCGACAACGACCGUCUCGAAUCCCUCAUGCUCAAGGACGUCUCCGUCGUACCUCCCGAUAGCAUCAUCAAGACAUUCUCGCAUCUACAGCCCCAAGAUGUCGAUCUCAUUAUGACCACCGAUGCGGAGGAUUUGAGCUCCGGUAGCUUCCUCCUUCGACAGGGCGACUUUGCCAAAUAUUUCCUCGACUUCUGGUUCGACCCUCUGUACAUUAGCUAUAACUUCGCGAAGGCCGAGACCCACGUUCUGGAUCACAUUGUGCAAUGGCACCCGACCAUCUUGGCCAGAUUGGCUCUGGUUCCACAGCGGACCAUCAAUUCCUACAGCAAGGAUUCAAACGGAGCUUCCGUGGACGGCGUCUAUAAGGAUGGUGACUUCGUCAUUCGGUUCCUUGGCUGUGACACCGACACGAAGCGGAGUUGCGAGAAGGAAAUGGAGCCGUAUUAUCGGCUUUGGGCUGGGAAGAUGAAGAAUGAGUAA